GCGGAGGGCGCGCGCGCGCGGGGCCCGGGCCGGGUCCGAGGGCCCGGGCCGGGUCCGAGUGUCCGGCGGGGGCCAUGGAGGGGCUGCGGCGGGGCCUGUCGCGCUGGAAGCGCUACCACAUCCAGGUGCACCUAGCGGACGAGGCGCUGCUGCUGCCGCUCACGGUGCGGCCGCGGGACACGCUCAGCGACCUGCGCGCCCAGCUCGUGGGCCAGGGCGUGAGCUCCUGGAAGCGCACCUUCUACUACAACGCGCGGCGGCUGGACGACCACCAGACGGUGCGCGACGUGCGCCUGCAGGACGGCUCGGUGCUGCUGCUCGUCAGCGACCCCAGGUAAUCUGUGUUGGAGGACGUGGAGCCAUGACCGAGGGGCCCAGAGGUGCUGGCUGAAGGAGCAGGCUGGGGGUGGCGGGGGACAUCUCCCGGGAGCCUUGACCUCACUCUGGGUUCUGGGCUUCCAGCAUAGAUGGUGAAACACUGGCCUGCCCAGCUGCUGCCCCCUGCCUGGGACAUUCCUGAUGGAGCCCCAGUCCCUGACACUGACCUAGGAUGUUGCUACUCUGGGCCAGCCAGCCUUCCAGCUGUGCUGUGUGAUCCUGAGGAGGUGGCUCCCGCCUUGGGGCUUCAAGUGCCCAGUCUGCAGUGGGAACCACAUGCCAUCUUGGGAGGCAGCCAGAGGAUGUCACAUGAAGAAGAGCACAGAGGGGAGAGGAGCUUGGGGGGGCAUCACCCCCACCUGCCUGGUACAUUCUCUCUGCCACGCCUCUACCCAAGCUGUGCCCCCAGCCUGAAGCACCUUUCACACCCCUCUCUGCAGCUCCAGUCCACCCAGCAUUCCAGCUUCCUCCAGGAAGUCUUCUCAGAUUCCCUCCUCCCCAGCCAGUGAGCACCUUGUCCUCUUUUGGGCCCCCUCAAGCCUCCUCUACUGUGAACAGCUUUGGCUGGGGGCAGCGGGUGUGUGGCCAGACACUCAUAAAAUCUCAAAUGACUAAAGGUGGAGACUGGGGGACCCCAGCCCUCUCCCAGCACUCCAGUGUCACACUGCACCCCUCCCCCAAACCCAAACCCCUCCCCACGUUGCACCCGUGUCCACCCCCGUGGCGGUGUCCUUCCCGUUCAAUCCCACUGCUUUGCCCCCUGCACGGGGUCUCCUGGUUGUGUCUGAAGGGCUCUGGUUAAGUGGGCAGGGAUUUGGGGGGGCGGUGGGUGUGCCUGGCAGAGCACUGAGACAUUGACGGUAAUCAUGGGGUUACUCCAGGCUAUUCCAGGCAGUGUGUUGUAGGAAUUCUGUGUAUAAGACCCUCUGAGUAGGGAAUUCCAUGGCGGUCCAGAAGUUAGGACCCUGCACUUCCACUGCUGGGGUUCGAUCCCUGGUCGGGGAGCUAAGAUUCCGCGUGGCGCAGCCAAAAAAAAAAAAAGGUAGAACGUUGGGACUCAGUUGGAUCUCUGAUCUGAGGCCAUGAGGCGUCGGGUCCGCCGUGCAGACCCCCUCGGGUUGGGGGGAUGCUGGCAUGCGGGCCCUCGAGGGCCGCGUUCACGCUCUGGGUGCUGGCAUCACAGGGCAGAGGCUCGGGAGCCUGGGAAGACAUAAUGUUUUAAUUAAGAGUCGUGUUGGCCGCAGGGCCCAGAGCAGGGACAGGUGGUUAAUAAAUCGUGGCCAUGGGGAGAGUAGUGCUCAGAUGUGCGUUUGUCCGUCAAGGGAUGGGGACGGCCCCAGGCCUGUGGGGCUUUUCUCACUUCCCCUUGGAGGAGCCUCUCCGGGGCUGGCAUCACUUCUCCUGGGGCCAGGCAGCCCAGGCCCCUGCUCCUGCCUGGUUUUGGCCUCGGUGGGUCAUGCAAACACUGGGGGACCUGCCCCCCAGGAUCCAGCAGGAAAGUGGGGCUUUUAAUAGCCACCCCAGCUCCAUUCCUCGGCUCCCACUACAUGCCAGGGUCUGUGCCACGUCCUUCUCUGGUCUCCACUUACUCUAGUCUGUGAAGCGUGAGGCUCGGUGGUGGUGGUGAUGAUAAUGGCCCAUUUUACAGAUGGGGCAUCCAGGGUCACCCUGUCCCCUCUAGUCUGCUGCCCUGGCAACCCUUGAACUGAGCGGUCCCCAGCCCAUGAGCAGGUCCCUGAUAGAGGAAGGGGGAGGGUUUCCCGCAUCUUGGCUGAGGUGAGGGUGGGAGAAAGCAUUUUCAGGCCUUUUUGACAUUUAACAAACUAUGCAAAUCGCAUGCAAAUCAUCACCCAUUUCUUAAGCCUCAACAGCUUCGGUGUGUUCUGAAAUAAUAAUGUUGGACCUGUCCCUUGGUAUUGGCUUAGACGAGGGGUGCAAAGUUUUUCCCUUCCUCCCUUCCCCUUCCCUUCUGUUUUCUUUCCUUCCUCCCUUCCUUUCUUCCUGUUAUCUCUUUGCUCCCUUCACAUUGUUUUUUUGGAGGCCUCCCAGUCCUGAGAUGAAUACAAACAGCAAAAGUGGCUUCCAGCGUUCCCAUUUUCCAGAUGGGGAAACUGAGGCAGUGAGAGGCACAAGCCUGGACUGAGAUCCCAGAGCCACAUUGUGGAAGGCAUCUGUCACCAAGUAUCAUCAUGGACCAAAGUGGACAGUACCUGUGACCCAAGGAGGAGAGAUGACAGUGGCUGGAGCAGGCCUAACAGGGCUUGGAGGAGCCAAGGGGAACUGUCCUUGGGUUUCUUGGCCUAGAAUGGCAGGCUGCCAGGCUUGGAUCUGGAGAAGUCUGACACUGAGUGAUCUUACUCCUCAAGUCCUUCUUUGUCUUGCUACUCCAUCAGCAUGUUCUUUGAAUUUGGGCCACAGCCUCUCUGCUCAGUUUGCAUGCCCUACCUUUUCUGUUUGCAAACUCCUAUUCAUCCUUCCAAGCCCCAGCUCCAGUGCCCCCUUCUUCAUGCAGUCAUUUCUGAUCCUCCAGAAGAGCUUCUACUUCCCUCUGGGCUUCUGUUGCCCCAGAUCUCUCUCUCUCUCUCUCUCUCUCUGGUCCAACCCUGACCCUUUUGGAGACAGCAGCAUUAAUGGACACUCUGGCUUGUUUCCAGCACUUGUCUGAUUAUCACACACCUCCAGACUUUCGUAUUCGCUGCCCAGAAUGUCCUUUCGGGUCUUUUUCACCUGGAAUAGUCCUACAUUUUCAAAGUCCUGGCACUAAUACCCCACCUCCAUGUGGGCUCGACAGCUCUCUCCCAUUUGGCCUCUGGGUCCUGCAGCCUCCAUCCCUUCAUCCCUGACCCACAGAAUGGGGAGGUCUGUGUGUCCUCCCAGUCUUAGGCGUUGCCUCUGGGGCCCCAGGAUCACCUAGGCUGGGAUUACAGGGUGAUCCUGUAGUACAGUACAAAUUCGGUACAGAGGGACUGAAUUUGAGUAGGUACGGAAUAAAAGACUAAGUGUUUGGAAACAACGCCAAGUUCAAACUCCCUCACUUAGCCUUGGGCGUCACUGUCCAUCGAGAGUUCAGUCCUAAGCACAUCCUUCGCCCUUACCUCUCGUUCACCUCCAGAACUCCGCACAAGCCUUUCCCUCUGCCAGGAAUGGUUUUCCCUUGACUCCUAUUCUGGGUGACCCCAAGCCAGGCCCCUCCCAUCUCUGUGCUGUGAAAAUGGGGGAAGUCUGGUCCCUCCAGGGCCUCUCAGGCUCCUGGCUCCACCCCAGGAACAAGUCCGGGCUGCAAGGAGUUUCGGGUGAGACCUGGCAGCCACCAUCUCUCCCUGGGGCCCGUGGCGUUCCGGGGAGGGGCCACCUCCCGCCUUGGCUGUCCACUCACUUUGUGCUCCCAGAAGUUCAGGGGAAUUUUCCUGGGUGGCAGGUAAAUCCAUGUGGUUCCCAGAGGAGGCAUCUGUGGCUCAGCCAGAAACUGCAGGCACCUGGACUUUCUGCUGUAGUUCUGUUGUGCCCCCCGCUCUCUCUCUCUCUCUGUGUGACUCCAGGCCAGAUUCUGGCAUUCUCUAACUCUGCCCAUUAGUUCAACGGGCAUUUAUCGAGUGAGCUCUGUGUGCCCGGCCCUGUGCUGGCUGCUGGAGAUACCGAGACAGACUUUGCUUCGGCUGCUGUAGACAGUGGGACAGGUUGUUCACUGCACAAAAACAUCCAGCUGGGGUGAGAGGGACUCAGGAAGGGAAAUCUUUUCAUAAUUCACACAAAGUCUCCUAUACAGGUUAGUGGUGGUCCUGACCCUCAUGCCUCCCCCACCCCCCGUGUCUCCAUCUGUCUCUGUCUCAUUCAAUCUCCUCUAUGUAUCUGCCCCCAUUUGUCACUCUUUCUCUCUGUGUCUCUUGAUCUCUGCUCUCCACUCUCUCUAUCUGAGCCUCUCUGUCUGUCUCCAUCUCUGUCUCUGUCUCCUUCCAUGUCUCUGGCAGUUUAUUUCUGUCUCUCAUAUCCCCUCUCAAAAGGGACAUCCUUUCCCCCUGAUGCUCUGAGCAUGACCUCUGGGUGUGUCCAAAAGUUGCUGGGUCCAUGCAUUCUGUAAUCACUGAUGAAGCACCUCCAAUUUGCAGGGCACUGAGGACAGCGUGGUGACUAGGACACCCAGCUGUUGGCCCUCAUGGGGCUUGAGGUGCAGCAGAAGAGACAGAAGCUGCAGGGUGGGGGGUUGCUCCUAGGAUCCUGGAAACCCCUCCUCUGGGCUCAGCCCACACUCUUCUGAAUGACCUUGGGUGGUCCUUGUCUCUCUCUGGGCCUCAGUUUCCCCACCUAUCCAAGGAGGGAGGUGUUUAAGGUGGCUGGGCCAGAAGCUGCUUGCAAGGCCUAGGCUGUUUGUUGGCAGAGAAAUCCGGGCUCAUCCCCACACCCAAAUGGGUUUGAAAGAAUCCUCCGAGGGGAAAACAGUUGUAAGAAAAAAGAAAUCAAAAAAUCAGAGUCGGGCUUCCCUGGUGGCACAGUGGUUAAGAAUCCGCCUGCCAAUUCAGGGCACACGGGUUCGAGCCCUGGUCUGGGAAGAUCCCACAUGCCGCGGAGCAACUAAGCCCGUGCGCCACAACUACGGAGCCUGCGCUCUGGAGCCUGCGUGCCACAACUACUGAAGCCUGCGUGCCUAGAGCCCAUCCUCGGCAACAAGAGAAGCCACCGCAAUGAGAUGCCCGCACACUUCAACAAAGAGUAGCCCCCGCUCGCCGCAAUUAGAGAAAGCCCAUGCGCAGCAAUGAAGACCCCAUGCAGCCAAAAAAAAAAAAAAAUUGGAGUCGCCUGCCCAGGCUGCUGUCUGACUCACCUUGGGUGGAAGCAGCCUCGCUGCCAUCCCCCAGGUCAUCAGAGAAACUUCCUGCCUCUUCCCCUGAUGGUCCCUGGCUAUCCACUGAAGGCUGCUGGCCUCACCAUGAUGGCUCUAGACCUGGCACUGACCUCACACUUGUGCUCUGAGUUCCAGACCCACUUAACCCCUUGCCGAGCCCCAAGUGGGAGAAACUCUUUCCAGCCAUAGGGCCUUUGCAUGUGCUGUGUCUACAUUUGGAGGACCCUCUCCCUACCCCUUAUCUUUCAUCCUCCGAUUUGCAGGUUCAAUGUCACUUCCUUGGGGAGGCUCUAAACAACCACGUUCCCUCGGUCUUGCAUUCACACACUAUCCUGUUCUAUUCCUUUGUAGCAUUAAUUAUUUAUAUUAUUAUUCAUUCAAUGUAUUA